ACCAUACAAACACACACACACACACACACAUUCCACCCGCCAUGGAUAGAAGGAGGAGUGGUAUACCCGGACCAAGUUCCAAUAUCGGAGGUAUUCCAAAGCGAGCUCCUUCUCCUUCUAGUGCUGCUUUUGCAUCAGCAUCUUCAACAGCAGCAGCAGGCGGAGGUCCUUUGGGAGGAUAUCGUCCACCAUCACGGGAUGGUCACGCAGAUCCACCAAGACGAUUCGGAUUUGGCAGCACAAGUGGUACAAAUGCUCCUUCAGGACUAGCAAAGGGAACCCCACAGGCUAGUAGAAUUGCUGUACCUCCUUCAUCUGCAGCGAAAAGGAGUAUAUCCAGUACGGGAAUACAAGAUACAAAUCAUGCUACUCCAAACGGAGGCUCGAACAAAAGACCUUUCCUGACCAGCGGUGGAUCUGCACGAUCUUCAUUGGCAGCAUCUAGCUCUGGCGCUCAUGAUCAUUCUACAAUGGAAGCAGAAUACAAACGUAAAGAGCUAUUAGCCCAACAAGCGUAUGAACGUUUACAGCAAGAACUAAAUGCGAAAGGCAGGGAAGUGGAAAAAGAAAAGGAGGAAAGGGCUGGUCUUUUACGUCAAUGGGAGGCACUCAAUGAAGAUCUUGUCCAAGAAAGAAAGACGAAUGCAGAACAAAAGAAAGCUUUGCAACAGCGUGCAAAUGAACUUCAAGCAAGAAACAAUGAACUGUCCUCCCAUAUCGAUGAAGCAGAUUCGGAAAAAGCUAAGGCUCUUCAGAGUGCACAAACAACAAAGACAUCAUUAUCCAUCAAGAUUGCCGAAUUGGAAGCACAAUACGCCGGAGCGGCUGAAGAAGCGGAAGCUCAAGAACAGGCUCGUAAACGAGUAGAAGAUCAGUUGAAAAGUCUAGAAGAGGAUUGGCAAAAGGAGCGGGAACAAUUACAGUCUGGAAGGAAAGAUGACGAAGAGUCUGCUAAAUUGACCAAAGAACUUCACAACCUUCUUGCAAAGAUCCGAAAAUUGGAAGCAGAAAACCUCACCCUUUCACACGAUAACAAGCAUCUACAAUCACGUAAAGAUAGCGUAGAAGCUCUGAAGGAACAGAAUCGAGACCUUGAGAAAAAGGUGGGCGUCAUGAACGAGAUUCGAAGAAAACUUGCCGAAGCAGAGACAAAGGCUCAAGACUUAGAGAAUGAGAAACAGCAAUGGCAACAAUCUAUACGGACCGGUCGAGAAACAUCUGCUUACCAAGAAGCUUUUGCUACCUAUUCGGACACAUAUGCAAAAGCGGUAGAGAUUGAUGAGCUAGCCAACGUUUCAGUAUCAACCGUUGGACCAUACCUCUCCACAUUGCAAGGAGCUUUCGCAGGACUUUUGUCGAGAAGUGCAUCGUUGACGCAAAGAGCAGAUACUCUGCGCAAGCAACAAAUCGAAUUGGAAGAGUCACAAAAGGCUGAAGCAGCUCGAGCGGAUAAACUAUCUUUUGAACUCGAACAAAGUAAGACAGCAAGACUGAAAAGCGAAAAAGCAAGAGAAGCCGUUGUGAUGGAAUUGGAAAACUAUAAGCGCCUUCUUGAAACGUAUCAACAAGAAGCACAGAAUAUGUCUGUCCAAUAUGAUGGUGCUUCGGCGGAACAAAUUGCCUUGUUGGAAGAACAGCUGAAGGCAAGGAACGAUGAAUUGGAGAAGGUCUAUGCUGAACUAGAAGAAGCCCAAAAUGCCUUGUCCGGUCUCAAUGCCCCCGGUGGAAUCUCUGCUGACGAAAAGAAUCGAUUGGAAAGCGCACAUGAAGAGCGGGAGAAGGAACUGCUGAAGCUCAUCGAGGAGUCAAAGCAAUCAUACGCUGAAUUGGAGAAGCAGUGCAUUUCAUUGGGCAAAUCCAACGAUGAACUGUUUGUUCGACUAGGUAGAGGUGAAUUUGAUCAAAGCAAAUUGCGAGUUCUGGAACUCAAAGAUAAUCCCGUGAGCAGAGAUCGGGUGAUCAGAACGAGUACUUUGGAUGCUUUGAAGAAGGAGAAUGCUCAAUUGAUUGAACAAGUAAAAGAUCUCAACGAACGGGUUGGGCAAUCGAAUAAUGGAUCGAUCAAUUCGACCGAUGGCGGAAUGAUUCCAGCACAGUCGUUAGAGAAUAUGAAGGACGAAUACGCCAAGCUACAACAGACGAUGCGUGAUCGCGAUAAAGCUUUUGAUCGACUGAAAGAAGUCUUUGGUGCAAAAGCCACCGAGUACGUUGCUGCCGUCAAGGCUUUGUUUGGGUAUGAUAUGCAUGUUCUUUCUCGUGGAAAGGUGAAAUUACGUUCAGUAUAUGCACGAACAUCAAAAGGUACUUCGCUAACAUUUGAUGCAGGAGAAGAUGAUAUUGCAAAUAUGCGAUUGAUCGGAGAAGCAAGACAAGGGGCAGCUAAUGUGGCCAAUCUCAAACGAUAUUGGCUCAAUGCUGAUCGCUGUAGCGUUCCAUGCUUUUUGGCUGCUUUACAGUUGGAAUUAUACGAAAGCACAACCCAAGCUGUCCGAGUUGGUUGGACAGAAGGAGAUGAAGAGGAGUGAAGAAUAUAAAGUCGUGUGUUUAGUAAUGUAUCAAUACCCAUAUAGUAUUCUAGCAAUUAUUUCUUCAUUGUCAUU